CUUGGCUGAAGUAAACAAAAACAAAAAGCUCUCCGCUGAAAUGAAAUGCACAUAAUUGCGUGGGCUGCGCUCAUAUAGGAGAUUUGCGUUGUCUGUCAAUCUCUGUGUAAUUUUUUAUGCAUGCCUGAGUAGAAAGAUCUCUGAAAAAUGAGCAAACGCGCCCUCAAAGUUGAAUCUCAGGAUGAACAAAAUCAACCGAACAGCAAAUUGCUUAAGUUGCCGGCAAGUAAAACUUUGGAGGCGAUCAGAAAAUUGACCACCACAUUCCCGUCCUUGCGGUUUUACAACAAAAUUCCGCCGGUCGUUAUGCUUCACCAAAUUUACGAUUUGGUUCCAUCUCGAACCCUCGUCGACAGGGAGAUUAAUAACUUGAGAAGCAAAGGGGCUGUUUGUGUAUUCCAACUGGGCAUCGAUCUGCACUCGAGAGCUGUCAUCCUUGCCGAGGACAUGCUGAAAACUGCAGAAAUCUGCUACCCUGGAAACCGACUUGUGGCGAAGUAUCUUGAAAAAAUAAUUCCCAUGGGUCUCAUUGAAAUAGAGAGAACCAGACUGGAGACUGUUGUUUCCAAAGCAGAAGCCAAGGAACUGAUGCACUUUGGGUACCUCGUGCUGAAAGACAGCAAGACGUACAGUUUGUCUUUUCCCAACGCCGGGAAUUUUAUAAGGGCAUUCAACAAGGGACGUAAAACUCUGCUUAGUCAAGUGAAGAAGAGCAAAUACGACCAAAUAUUAGAAAGGGACUUAUUGAGUAAACCUUUCGAAAAGACAGUUGUUCUUGGUACGCAGUACCAAAUUCAUGAUAUUGUUGGAGCAGAUUUAGUGCAGAGCCACGAAACAACAUCUGGAAGGAUGUUGAAAAUCAACUCAAACGGGAUAAAAGUACUGAAAAAGUAAUUUAUACAAGCAAUAAUUCUAAAAUCGCAUCUUCGCACUUAUUUCUUGUCAGAACUGGAAAUGAAAAAAAUCUCCCAAAUCUAAUAAUGUGAUAUUUUGGAUGUCGUCAAUUGGAUAUUAAAACCAAAAAU